ACCGACGAUCGUCGAAAGGAAAGCGAGUAGUGGCGCUGUUUUCUUCUGUCUUUCGGUCGCGCGAACGGCGACGCGGAACGUGCCAUAAGUCCGAUCGUGUGUGCGUACCCGAUCGAGCCGAACGGGUUGGAUGUUGUUAUCGUGCGUGCGAAGUUGGCGGUGAUGUGUCGACAGAGCCUAGUUUGGUCGCUUUAACGUGUUCGUUUCGGUGUUUGAAACCUGACAGAAGACGUACGAAACGACAAAGGAACGAAAAAACAACGAAAAACUAACGCAGAGAUUUAUUUGAGAUAACUGGCGAUAUCCCAAAUAAACCAACGCAAAAAAAAACUGUGCUUACAACCCAACGCUAACGGAUUAAAACUAGUUAAGUGCAAACUAAACAAAUAGAAGAAAUAAAUAACAAAAACAGUAAAAGACCGCGAGUGCCAUUUUUAUGUGAAGUGCGAACAAAACAUUUAAAAAAAUAUUGUGUAAUAAAAAAAAUGUCGACGCAGGCUUACUACAAGGACAGGUUGGGGUUCGAUCCCAGAGAGGCGUACGACGGUCCCCAGGAAAAGUACAGGAAGACAGGGCCGGACUCGGCCAAUAAGCCACACGGCUACGAGGAGAACUUGACCAAGUUCAAAGGUACUAUAUGGGAUUGCUUUAUACAAAGUACUUCAGACGAGAGAGACGCCGUACAGAAGAAGACGUUCACGAAAUGGGUCAACAAACAUCUGAAAAAGAAUUACACCUGUCUCCACGUAUGUGUUACCGUUAACAAUAUACCAUGUUGUCCACCGUCUGCAAAUCGACAAAUUCGAGAUCUCUUCGAAGACUUAAGAGAUGGGCACAAUCUAAUUUCUCUCUUGGAAGUUUUAACUGGCGAACAACUUCCAAGAGAGAGAGGACAGAUGCGCUUUCACAUGCUCCACAACAUUGACACAGCCUUACAUUUCCUACACUGUAAAAAAAUCAAACUGGUAAACAUAAGGUCAGAGGACAUCGUUGACGGAAAUCCCAAAUUGACACUCGGCCUUAUAUGGACCAUCAUUCUACAUUUCCAGAUAUCGGACAUCGUUGUCGGACAGGAACCUAACGUUUCGGCCAAAGACUACCUCCUCAGGUGGGCCAAACGGACCGUUCACAAAUACCCUGGCGUACACAUAACCGACUUCUCCAAGUCCUGGAGGGAUGGACUCGCCUUCAGCGCCAUCGUACACAGGAACAGACCGGACCUCAUCGACUGGAGGACGGUCAAGAACCAGAGGGCCAGGGAACGCAUGGAAACGGCCUUCUACGUCGUCGAAAAAGAGUAUGGAGUCACCAGAUUGUUGGACCCAGAAGAUGUUGACACUCACGAACCAGAUGAGAAGUCCCUCAUCACCUACAUUUCAUCCCUGCACGAAGUCUUCCCAGAACCACCUGCCAUCCACCCCCUGUUCGACUCUAUGGCCCAACAGAGGGUACAGGAGUACAGGGAGCUGGCCUCCAGCCUCCACAUAUGGAUCAGGGAGAAGUAUAGCUUGAUGCAGGACAGGUCGUUCUCCGGCACCCUCAUCGAGAUGAAGAAGCUGGCCACCGAGUCCAACAGGUUCAGGACGGACGAGAUACCACCGAGGCAGAGGGACAAGAACUACCUCGGCCAGAUGUACAGGGACCUGGAGAAGUACUUCAAGUCCAUAGGGGAGGUGGACGUGGAGCCGGAACUUAGGAUAGAGAGCAUCGACAGGAGCUGGCAGAAGCUGAUGGUGGCGUAUCAGGACAGAGAUAGGUACAUUAUGGAGGAAAUCAAGAGGCUGGAAAAGCUGCAGAGGUUGGCAGAGAAAGUGCACAGAGAGAUAAAACAGACCGACUCAGCCUUAGACACAAUAGAGCACAACGUAGAAACAGAGUCCCGAAGGUUAGACCGCCUUCAUCCUCUGGAGGCCAAGAAGAUCGCCGACCAGCUGGACCAAGACCUAGCCCUGGCCGAGCAGAACAUCCAGUCUCUCAAGACGGACGUCAACGCCCUCAGGAACGGACGUUAUCCACAGGCAGGAGACCUGGACAAGCGCGUCAACAGACUGCACGAGAAGUGGGUUAACAUCAGACGGUUGCUGCACAACAAGAUCCUGCAGCCGCUGUCCAACCUCAGCUUCCCGGUGGAGGAGCGGACGAUUACGAAGCACGUGAGGACGGUGCAGGAGACCAGAAACGUGGAUACGAACCCACAUUUUGUUACGCUGCAGGAGCACAUUGAAUGGUGCAGGAAGAAACUGAAACAACUGAAGAAGGCCGACUACGGUAACGACCUUCCCUCCGUGCAGACUGAACGGGACCUUCACCAGAAGGAGCACAGACAAAUAGACCAGUUCCAUUCAAAGGUAGAAUCGUGCGUUAAGGCCAGGAACUUCUUCUCAGGCGAAGAGCUCGUCCUGUACAACCAGCACCUGGGACAGCUGCAGAAAAUCUACGCGGAGCUCCUAUCGUUCUCCACCAGCAGGAUGAACGACCUGGAGACCCUGCUAGACUUCAUCCAAUCCGCCACCAAGGAGUUGCAGUGGCUCAACGAGAAGGAGGAAGAAGAGAUCACCAGAGACUGGAGCGACACGAAGAUGAACGUCAACUCCAUCGAGAAGCAUUUCGAGCGAUUGAUGAGCGAAUUCGAAAAACGAGAGAUACAACUCAGCGCCGUACAAGAAAGGGGUGAAAUUUUGGUGCUGCAAAACCAUCCAGGAUCGAAAGCCAUAGAAGCCUACAUGGCGGGUAUGCAAGCCCAAUGGGCUUGGCUCUUACAACUUACCCAUUGCCUAGAAACUCACCUGCAGAACACCAGGCAGUACCAGCAGUUCUUCCAGGACAUCGGCACUGCUGAAGAAUGGCUGAAAGAGAAAGAUGAAAUCAUGAACACAGAGUUCAGCCAAGGCGACUUCAGCCUGGAUGCAGGUGAGCGUCUUCUGCAAGGAAUGCAGGCUUUGAGAGACGAAUUGAACACUUUCGGCGACCAGGUGCAAGCCCUGACUGCUAGAGCUCAGGAAAUAGUGCCUUUGAAACAGAGAAGACAGCCGGUUACUAGGCCUCUAACAGUUACCGCAAUCUGUAAUUACAAGCAGAAUAACUUUGCAAUUGAGAAGAACAAGGAGUGCACACUUCUCGACAACUCAGGCCGCCUCAAAUGGAGAGUACACAACGACAAAGGUGUGGAAUGUCAAGUACCUGGCGUUUGCUUCGUCAUCCCACCUCCCGACAAAGAAGCCUUGGACGCAGCAGAUCGUCUGAGAAGGCAGUACGACAGAUCCAUCUCCUUGUGGCAGAAGAAACAGCUUAGGAUGAGGCAGAACAUGAUAUUCGCCACCAUCAAGGUUGUCAAGGGUUGGGACUUACCACAGUUUAUUGCUAUCGGAGCUGAACAAAGAAAUGCCAUAAGAAAAGCACUGAACGAAGACGCGGAUAAACUUAUGGCAGAGGGAGACCCAUCUGAUCCUCAGUUGAGAAGGCUGAGGAGAGAGAUGGAUGAAGUCAACAGGUUGUUUGACGAGUUUGAGAAGAGAGCUAGAGCUGAAGAGGAGAGCAAGAACCAAACAAGGGUCUUCAACAACCAGAUAGCCUCGCUUCAGAUUUCCCUGGACGAAUUCGAGAGGAUCAUAAACCAGCGAGUACUAUCUCCUCUGCCAAGAGACAUAGACUCCCUCCAACACCUAGUGCUCGAACACAAAGAGUUCGAGUCCAGACUGCAAAACGUAGAGCCCGAGAUCGAACAGUGCAAGGACACCUUCCGCAGCAUCACUCUGAAAACGCCGCAACACAAGAAGGACCUCGAGAAGAUCCUGGACAAGUGGAAGUACAUCUGGAACACCAGCAAUUUAUACAUAGAGCGUCUGAAGUGCAUGGAGAUCGUACUGAUAGGCAUGGAAGAUGCCACUCAGGUCAUUUCAGAGUUCGAGACUAAGUUGGCGAUGUUCGAAGAACUACCAGCUACCGCCAAAGGCCUAGAAGGCGUCCACGACGACCUGUUGAAACUGCAGUCGGCCGUUGGACAGCAGCAGAUCGUUAUGGAUCAGUUGAACGACGAUUUCGACAACGCCAGGAGGCUGACCGAGAAGUCCAGGCCUAACCAGAGAGGCCCACACUCUGACGUUGAGAGACUGGACAAGGAGAUCCAGAGGUUGAAUGGUAGAUGGAGCAGCGUAUGCGCACAGUUGGCUGAUAGGCUAAGGGGUUGCGAACAGGCUUAUGACCUGCUGAAGAACUACAAGACUGCGAAGGCUGGCGAGGAUUCUUGGCUGGACGAGCAGUACGGAAGAUUGGAGAACCUGCAGCCUUUGAAGGAGAGGGCGAAGGACAACUUGGAGUCCACCAAGAACUUACUCAACAGCGUUGUAGAAAGAGCACCAAUAAUCGAACAGGUUAACGUUAACGGUGGUAGAUAUAUCAGAGAAGGAAAGAUAUGGAGCAAGGGGCUGCAGAAGUUCAGGGAGGCACUGCUGGAGGACCAGCCCUCGUUGGACGUCAACGACGUGUUCAGGAGCCAGAAGAACGGAGCUGGAGGUGCCGAUCAGAUCGCCCAGGAACUGGACGAGAUGAACGCGAGAUACCAGCACCUGGUGGAUCAGCUGUACGGCAGGCUGAAGGAGAUUGCUGCCAGGUGUCCUGGUGACAUCGUCACCUUGAGACUGGUAGAACAGAUGCAACCACAGCAAUUCAGGACCUUCAGGUCUGAAUUCCACAUGAGCAGCGCAAGCGAACUAACAUCCACCUACACAACCACAACCCACUACAGUCAACAGUACGUAAAAACAAGAACGACAGAGAACGGCAACUCUCAAAAGCACGGCAAGGACGAGAAAGACGAAAUAUCUAACGGUAGACCGCCGGAUAAGUAUACUACAAGAACCCAGAUAAUACAAGAACCCCAAAAAUGGACUACAAACACCUCGCUGAAGAGACAACACGUCAUAAAUGACUAUAUACUAGUCGACGGUAUCUCCGAGGUGCAGGGCAUACUGAACCCUCACACCAACGAAGUAAUGACGGUACGGGAGGCUAUAAUAUCCAGGAUAUUGGACGUAAGAACAGGAAGACUCCUGACAGCCGAUGGUACACAGAUAACCAUCGACGAAGCGGCUGAUAAAGGUCUCAUAGACCCUAUCGUGGCUGCCAGGCUCCAGAACCCUUGCGGGAUCGUAGAAGACGACAGGGAGCUUACCCUGUUGGAGGCCAUCCAACGGCAGAUCUUCGAGGCGGAGCAGGGCUUCUUAGACCCUUCGGAGAAGAGAUUGAAGGUAAAUUCCACCACCAUAAAUCAGGCGAUAGACGACGGUAGGGUGGACGUAAACGCUGGAACGUAUACCGUCGAAACGGGCGAAGUCAUAGACUUGAAAGAGGCCUACAGGAGAGGCUACCUCCUGCAGCACACUGAGGUCAAACUACAGACCGGCGCCGUAGCUUUAACCGACGCCGUGAAUCAGGGUCUUGUCGACGAUAAGACCGGUUGGAUUGUGGAUCGUAACACGGGCAACAAAUACCAAAUCGACGCCGCCGUCAAGACGAACGUGGUGGACGGCGACGUCAGAGAGAUCGUGGAUCCGGUACGUGACACCAAAGUAACGGUCUUACAGGCCAUCGAUCAGGGUUUGAUCAACCCCAAGCUAGGCAAAUACGUGUUGAAUCACGAGAAACUACCAUUUUUAGAGGCCAAGCGUCGACAGCUCAUCGUGAAACCCAAGACGUUGUCGGAACUCGUGGACGACAACCUUCUGGACGAGACCGGAAAGAUCCUUUCUCCUCUCCACCAAUCCAAACUUUCAAUCCUAGAAGCCGUGUCCAGGGGCGUUUUAGACGUAGACCAAAUCCGUUGCAUCCUAGAUUUCCGCACCAACGACCUCCUGACCUUAGGGGACGCUCUACGCGAAGGUAUCAUAACUCCCGAUGGUCUUUUCCGUAACUCCGUUACCGAUGAGAACAUAACGAUAAAAGAAGCGGUGCAUAGGGGUUAUAUAAUAGCGGUGGUUAAAAAAUCGAUAUUCGACGUCGACGCGUUUCAACCGCCAGAUAAAUCCGAUCAUAUUAGCUUCAACGUGGCCAGCAACAAGGGUUUCGUCAGCAAAAAGAACGGUGGAAGCCUUUUGGUCAAUCCUAAGUCGGGGAAAUUGGUACCAUUCUCUGAAGGCGUGCAAACGGGUAUGGUUAAACAAGAAGUAUACGACAUGCUCAAUCGUGGUAUAGGUAUAUUUGAAGGGGGUAGGGAAUUAACGGUCUUAGACGCAGUAUUCAGGGGUUAUAUAGAUCCAAAGAACGGCAACUUGAUAGACGUACAACAGGGUAAGGUAGUUUAUCUGAACGAGGCGAUAGCGCAACAUUUGAUAACGCCCGAAGGUGCCGCGAUGCUCAACAGCUUGCUCAAUCUCACGGUGUCCACUAAAAUUACUCACAGACUGGUUCAACGCUACGUUACGGUCACCAAGAAGAACAUCGAACACCAACAAAUCACUUACACCGAAGCCUUGAGGCAGGGACUGAUAGACAACGAGAACCAGAUCUUUUUGAAUCCGGUAAACAACGAACCUAUACCGAUAGUUCAGGCCAUAAGCGAGGGACUGUUAGCGCCCGACUCUGAUAGUUCCGAAAAAGUUUUCGUCAAUAUUACUUCAUCUCAUUCCACGCCAGACAGUAGAAAAUCCGAAUCGCGUAAACUAACCAGCGCCUUGGAGAGAAACGUGUACGAGUUACCUAAAGAAGGUUGGACACUCGCCGACGCCAUAAACAAGAAAUUGUUCGACCCCGUCACCGGAAUGUUCGUUAUUCCCGGUACAGACAGACAAGUAAGUUUUGAAGAAUGCGUUCAACUCAAAAUCAUCGACCCGAAAUCCGCGGUAGUCAUAGACCCAAGCACCAACAGAAAAAUCAGUCUGAGCAGGAGUUUGGAGAAAAAGAUAUUAGACAGUACAGGUCACUACGCCGUUGACAGCGUUUCAAUCAUAACAAUGGAAGAGGCAAUAAGCAAAAGCUAUGUACUACUCGAAACAGCAGCUGUGUCUAUACCAUCUAACAGAAGAACGAUUCAAGUGACUAAAAUCGAGGGUAGACCAGAUAAAAUAGAAAUCUCUUCGCCAUCCAGCGUAAAGACGUUCGAAACAGAAAUACCGAUGGAGAUUGUUGAAGACAAGACAAGCACAGAACGCAAGAUUACAGGUAUGGACGCCAUCCAGAUGGGCGCUUUGGCUUUAGCGGCAGUUCCAAUAGCUGCAACCAAAAUUAUUAAGAUCAUUGGAAGAUCCGUGGUUCUCGGAUCUGGAGAAACCAUCCCUAUGGAAGACGCUUUGAAAAAAGGUUUAAUCGACGAACCAACUUAUAAGAAACAUCAAAGCGAAGCAUUCAUCGACGAAGCUAGAGGACAACACUCUCCUUCACCACAGAAGGUUAUAAACUCGACCGUCAUCCAAAUAACAGAUCCAGCUACAGGAGCCACCUACACAGCUGAAGACGCGUUGAAAAAAGGACUAGUUACAGAGAAACAACUGUCUGAUAUGAUGACAACUAACAACUCCCAAGACAUCACCACCUUCCAAAUAACUGAUUCGACCACAGGAAUCACUUAUGAUGCAGAAGAAGCCGUACGAAAGAACUUAAUAACUCCCGAACAGUUGGAAGAAAUCAAGAAGGAUCCUAAAGGAGCCAUAGUCAACUCCAACCACGCCAUCACCUUCACCAGAUCAUCGGCCACAGUUACAAGUAUGGUAUCUACCACAUCUACUGUGUAUAUCAAAGACCCAAAAACCGGUGUAACUUACACCAGCGAAGAAGCCCUGAAAAGAGGUCUGGUCACCCCCGAAAAAUUGAAAGAAAUCACAGGUGAAUUAACGCCUGAAGAUGGCGAGAAAUCCGGUGCGAAACCCAAGGUGUUGAGCACGACAACCAUACGUUUUGACAGCGAUGAAGAAAUGUCGGAAGCUGAUAAAACUAGAGCUAGGAUAACAACAGAACCGACAUAUCAAGUUAAAAUUGGUCGUGCCAAAUCGUUAAGUCCUGAAAGGGAGGCUAAACGAGUGGUCUUGCAAAAGUUGAGAAGAAAAAUGGUUACUCCAGAAGACGCCAAAAAGAAGGGUAUAAUAGACGAAGAAACCGCCACCAUGUUAAGCAAGGAGGAGACUUUCAAGUCUCCAAAAGGCGAAGAGCUUACCUUGCAAGAAGCUAUUGAAUCUAGUAAAAUCGAUCCUACAAAAGGAAAGAUAAUAGAUCCUACUAGAGGAGACCAAUUGACCAUAAAUGACGCGAUCCAGAGAGGUCUGUUAGAUCCUGACGGUUCCAACGAGCUCUUGUUCCCAUUAAACAGAAGUCUUUCGAUUCCCGAGUUGGUAAAACAGGGACUUCUAGAUCCCGACAGUCAGAAAGUCGUGCAUCCUGAAACGGGCUCAUGUUUAUCGAUUAGCGAAGCAAUUAUCUGUGAUAUAGUAGAUCCUUUGAGCAAAAUGACUGAAAAGAGCGGUGAAGAAAUAACGCUCGGCGAAGCUCUGGAGAUCGGAGUUAUAGACGAUGAAAAAUCGACGGUUAAGACUGUUAAAGGCGAGAUCGAUCUGAAAGAGGCUGUGAAAGAAGAUAUAUUCGAUACGUCCAUUCCCAAAGGUCCUGAAAACAUUCCACCGGCUGGUAUGACAUUCCCUGUAGCUUUAAAGAGAGGCUUGGUAGAUACAGACAAGAAAGAAUUACUGCAUCCCUUAACUAACGAAAGAAUACCGUUGAAAGAAGCUAUCCAGGAAGAUCUCAUCAUGAGUCUUCCUUUCCCUACAGACCCCGAUUGUGUAAACAUUGAAGACGCCUUGGAAAAACAUCUGAUAGACGAGAAUACAGGUACGUUUAAAAUACCAAAAACAGGAGAAACUAUUCCUGUCUCUGAGGCUCUAGAAUCAGGGUUAUUAGCAAUCAAAGAACCCCUAGAUUACGUUGAUUUCGACAGUUCGCAACCAAUCACCACUUUGACCGAAACUAACAACACAAUUCACAGAGUAACCACCAGAACAAUUGAACUAAUGGCAGGUUAUUCCCUACUCAGCAUAAACGAAGUUCAAAACCUAGAAACCCUUGAAAUAAUAUCUAUAGAAGAAGCCAGAAAAAAAGGUAUCGUGGUAAACGAAGAUGAAGUGGAAAACACAACAGUCGUGAAAGAUAAAACAUUGUCGUUUUCGGAAGCCUUGAACAAAGGGUUAGUCGACAUGAAAUCAGGAACAUUCAUCGAUCCUCAAACUGGUGAAAAAGUACCGAUUAAAGACGCCUUGAAGGAGGGUACCCUAUCAGCAACACCUGUGACAGCAGAAGUACAAAGAAAUCAAACUGUAACGGAGACAGCCUCAGAACUGAACAUCGCAGAGGCUUUCACAACUAUUUACGACGAAACAACCGACUCUUUCAAAGACCCAAACGAUCCCAACAAGAAAUUAACAUUUGCCGAAGCUGUAGAGAAAGAAAUCAUAGAUCCAAAUUCCAUAAUUUACGAUGUUGAGUCGCAGAAACCGGUUACCAUAGAAAAUGCCAUGAAAGAAGGUUUGAUAGAUCCCAAGAGUGGUAAGAUCGUCGAUAAUAAAUCUGGUAACAAGGUGGAUUUCAAGAAGGCCACCAAAAUCGGUCUGAUCGCAGUGCUAGGUGGAGCUGCCUUACCUCUGGUAGCUGUGGGUAUGGCCGGAGCUGCUGCUGUUGAAGGUAUCAAAAAACUGUCCAAAAAAGACAAGGUAUCCGAGACAAAAACGGUUACUAUAACUACCUCAGAAUCUAGGGUUAUAACAACAACCGCUUCAACUGCAUCCCCGCAUUCUUCCAAAGUUGAAAUCACAAUAAGCGGAAAAAUACCAUCAAAUCUUCAAAUAGAACCGGAUCAAACAGAUUCAACCAUCAUCGAAGAAAUUCCCAAGAAGGUCCACGUGAGCGUCGAAGAAUUGAAAGUGGAAGAGAAGCCUAGAAAGGAAUUCGCUAACAUCGAAGUCAUCGCACCGGAAACGACAAUCAAAGAAGCAGUCACAUCUAAACAAAUAGUUCCAAGGAAUUGUAGAAUAAUUUUCCAAGGAGAAGAGCUGAACUACGAUGUUCAAGAAGGCCUAGAUGAAAACUUGCUACUUCCCCAACACAGAAUCAAAGUUGUGGACGAAAAUAAAGUGACGCUAUUGGACGAGCCGGUGAAAUUCACUCUUAUCAUAUCGCGUAACAUCACGCCUCAAUAUUUGGCAGAACUGGGUUAUUACGAUAUUAGAUCCAGACACUUCACUGAUUUGAAUGGAGCUCACAUAACCUUCGAGACUUUCAUCUACGAUUUAGAUCUGUUCGAUCCAGAAACGAUAUUGGUCAAGGAUUCCACAAGGAAACCUGCUCAGUAUAUCACUCUUCAAGAAGCACUCCGAAGACCAUUGAUAGAUAAGAAUACAGGUCAUAUGGUCGAUCCCAAAACAGGCAAAAGAGUACCCUUCUUCGAAGCUGUCAAACUUAAGUGGAUAAUACACGUGGCCGAUAAGCCUAAGGCCAAGUAUCAACCGAUGAGUCUCGAAGAAAUAGCAACCACGGAUAGAUUCGAUCCGGUUAAAGUUGAAGUCAAACUGGAGGAUGGCAAUGAGGUCAUGCCUCUGAUCAAGGCUCUCACUUCCAAUAUUAUCGAUCCUAAAUCAGUUACCAUAAAGGAUCCAAAGAAUAUGCAGCUCAUGCCUUACUACGAAGCUGUGGAUAAGUCUAUAGUUGAUCCUAGGAGAGGUUUAGUCAUCAACAACGCCACUCAGAAAACCAUGAAUUUCCCUGAAGCCUUCCAUCGAGGUUUCGUUCUUGCUAUGCCGAGACCAAUUUCUCUCCAGGCCAUUAUUCACAAAGGACUGUACGACGAAGAAAGCGGUAAGAUCAAAGAUCCUCUAACCAAACAACUUCUGCCAAUAGCGGAAGCCAUCGAGAGACAGAUAAUAGAUGGAAGGAUCAGCGAAGUUAAAGACGUGAAAGCCAAUGCAUUCAUACCUUUGAACGAAGCUCUGAAAACCAACUUGAUAGAAGAUGGAAAACUUGUCGACAAGAAAGACAAUCAGGUUAUAACUCUGAAUAGGGCGCUACAGUUGAAUUUGAUCCAAACCAAACCUAUCAUCUUCAGUCUUCUCCAAAUCAUCCUGAUGAACUACUACGGUCCACGUAACGGACAAAUAUUGAAUCCCAUCACAGGAGAAGAAAUCACGUUGUUGCAAGCGAUAGAAGACAAACUCAUCGACCCGGCCAGUACGAGGAUCAAAGACGAUAGAAGAAAACGCAUCGUAGAGGUCAAAGAGGCCUUCCAAACCAAUCUCAUCGAUCCUACCAAAGGUGUAUUAACUAGUCCUUUGCUCUCCUUGGACCAAGCGUACCUGAAAGGAUACAUCUUGAGCACUGUAUUACCUUGGUCGCUUCAGGAGACCCUUGCCCAGAAAGUUUACGACCCACAAACCGGCAAAUUUGUAGUAGACAACGCUAAAGUGACUCUGGUAGAAGCCAUCGAAGGCGGCGUAGUGAAUCCUAGCGUGCUCACUAUCAAGGACCCAAGAUCCGGCGAUAUAAUAACCUUGAACGAUGCCAUCACGUUGAGACUGAUCGACCCUAUCAAGGGUCAGGCUAUAGAUCCGAUCACCAACACCGAAUCAAACUUGUAUGAAGCGCAAGACAGAGGUUUGAUUGUGCCUUACAGCAGCCAGAUCACUUUGCCCGAAGCCGUAUUCAAAGGUUUCUACGACCCAUCCACCGGUAAAUUUAUUGAUCCUAGGAGUAAAGAACGGUUGAAACCAGAAAGCGCGUUCAAUAGAGGUUAUGUUGAUACCUCGUCGACUUUGUUGACUAUAGACGAAGAACUGGUCACUUUCGAUCAGGCUGUGGUAGAGGGCUACAUAGACACAAGCGAUGGAGUCGUUAUCAGCUCUAGGAACGAAGCAGUGGACUUCAAUGAAGCAUUCGAAAGAGGUUUACUGAUAGAAGUGGCUCCACCAAUACCUUUGAGCGAGGCUAUAUUCAAAGGAAUAUACGAUGAGCAAUCUGGUCUGUUCCUAGAUCCACGCACCGGUAACUACCUCACCUUGAUCGAAGCCAUCGAGAUCAAUCUGAUCGACGCAGAGUCCAUCAGCGUGAAAGAUACCAGAGCAGGCGUCUGGCGAAAGUUAUCCUUGGUCGACGCCAUCCACAAAAGCUACGUUGACGGCAACUCCGCCUUGGUUAAAGAUUUCUCUAGCCCUGAAGGUGCCGAAUACACCCUGCCCAAAGCGUUCGAACUGGGCAUACUGAUUGACAGCAAAGCUGCUGUUUCCAUACAACGCGCCAUCCACCAAGGACUGUACGAUGAGUCCACCGGAAAGAUAAUAGAUCCAAGCAACGAUAGAAAGAUAACCCUUCACGAAUCUAUAAGAAAAUACAUCAUAUCCCCUCUCUUGCCUUGCUACUUCGACAAGAAGCAGGGCAGGCUGUUGAAUCUAUCAGAGACCUGCAAGCUGGGUGUUAUAGACAAACGCAGCGGUACCUUUAACGACCUCGUUACUGACAGGCAGAUCAAGCUGUCACAGGCGCUGGAAGAAGGAUUGAUGGUGGACAUCGAAAACGGCAACUUCGGCUUGUACGAAGCCAUCCAAAUGGGCUUUUACGAUCCGGCAGAUAAUGCCUUCCGUCAUCCGGUGUCAGGGCGCAGAGUGAACCUCAAAGAGGCUUGCAACAACGAGUUUAUCAAUCCUCUCAACUCCAUCGUGAAGAACGGUCCUGAAAAUAAGUACGUUAGACUACCGGAAGCUAUAGACUCGAAUAUAAUAGACGACGAGAACAAUAUGUACGUGUUUCCAAAUCAGAACGCUCUGAAUUUGCUCGACGCCAAGAAGAAGGGUUUGAUAGUACCAAUACAACGCCCUGUAACUCUGGAAGAAGCUAUAGAUUGCGGUUUUUACCGUCCAGACUCGGGUAAAUUCGCUGAUCCUCUAAAAGACGGCGAGUUCUACGACCUCGUCGACGCUUUCCACCACAACCUCAUUGAUCCUUCCACCACAGCCUUGAUAGACCCACAAAACAACUCUACGAAAUCAGUUCCGACUGCUAUACAGGAAGGUAGGAUAGACGUGGUUAGGGGUCGCGUUCUAGACUCUAAAUCCAAGUUGACGUACAAUUACGACGCGGCUUUCCAGAAGGGUCUCUUGGUCACGUUGUCCAAACCUUCGGAGAUCAAACACUCUAUCACAGAACUCGGUAGAACUCCUACGCAGCCUCGUGAAUGCACUCUCGAAGAAGCCAUGAGCUUCGAACUGUUAGAUCCUCAAAUCGCAGUCACUAAAGACGUACAAACGGGCGUUUUUAAAACAGUAAGCGACGCUUUGGCCGAUAAGACUUUAGACGUUACCAAAACGCUUGUAUUCGAGGUUCAAACCAGCGUUAUCCAAUCUAGAAUCGUGAUGUACUCCGAAACUAUAAUAAUCUACCUACGAGAACCUUUAGAAUUCAGACAUGCCAUCGAGUUGGGCAAUUUAGACGUUAACACCGGUAAGUUCACUGAUCCACAAUCCAAGCAGGUGAUGAGCCUAAAGGACUCCAUAACUCUCGGUUACGUUGACCCUGAUUCUGCCGUCGUUAAAGACACGCUGAAAAAGAAGCUGAUCAAGCUACCCGAAGGGUUCCGAAAGGGACUUAUAGAUUCUGAGAAAGGCAACGUCUUAGACACGUCCACGUCCAAAUUGUACUCUCUGCCUAGCGCCAUGGAGAGCGGUCUACUGAUGACGCCAAGAAGGGGCUUCAGCCUCAUUGAGUCGAUCACGUACUCCCUCUACAACCCUACAACUGGAGGGUUCGCAGAUCCUUUCGUACACGUUCCGAUUAUUGACAGAAAACGAAUAACGUUAAGCGAGGCUAUAAAGCACAACCUGGUGGAUCCUACCAGUACUGUAGUCAAAGAUCCUGAGAGUGGUACUAUAGUACCCCUAUCGGCGGCUAUAGAGAACGGUCUUGUGGACGCACAGGAAGGCAGGAUCCUGGACAAGGGUGAAAGCAAACAGGUGGACUUCGCCAAGGCUCUGGAGAAGGGUUUGAUAUUACCGGCUGAACAGAGGCAAGCCGUCGAGGAAAAAUACAGGCUGUGCGACGAAACCUUGUCCAAACUCCUGCACUGGAUAGGUGAGGUGGAGGACAGGAUAGCGUCCCAGGACAUCAUCCACGAGUUCGAAGAAGACCUACGCAAUCAGAUCAACACCAUGAAACACGUCAAAGACGAUCUGGACCAACACCACGUUCAGGUAACUAGUUGCAGCGAUCAAGUCAGACAGCUAGUGCUCACCGCCGGCGACGUCCUGUCCAAGAGCGAAGUCAACGCUUUGGAGAAGAGUGGCAGAACCCUGAAGACCAGAUACGAUAAGGCCACUGACCGAGCUGAAGCCUUGCUGAAGAGGAUGAUGACGGCCAGAGAUGAACUCUCCAAGUUGAAAUCGGAGAUGCAACUAUUCUCCGAUUGGUUGAGCAAGGCCCGGAGAGUGUUGGAAGACAAGGAAAGAUCUUUGACCGACUUGAAGAAUUUGGAUUCUAGUGUAGACAGCACCAAAGAUUUCGUCAGUGAUGUCAUAGCCCACCAAGCAGAUCUGAGGUUCAUCACCAUGUCCGCCCAAAAGUUCGUGGACGAAGGAAAAGAAUAUUUGAAGUUGUUGAACGACUUCAGGACCUCUCUACCGUCUAGACUGCCUCACGUUGAGCCUCUAACCUCUCAAGAAUCUCCGGUUAGAAGCGAAGUGAGCUUGAUCACGCAACAGUACAAAGAUCUGCUCAGCAGGGCCAACAAUCUGUCCAGCCGUAUAUCUGGCGUGGGUGGUAGGCAAAGAGAUUACAGCGACGCUGUGGAGAAGGCCAAGUUAUGGCUUAGAGACAUCGAACCAAGAGCUAUUAAGGUGCUGAACGAACCAAUAAGCGGAGAUCCGAGGUCAGUCGAAGACCAAUUGAACCACGCAAAGGCUUUGAACAACGAAUUUGUUGCCAAUGGAAGACUUAUCGAUAAUGCUAAAAUGGCUGUCAAGAGUCUAUUAUCCUCCCUAGAAGGACAACUAUCCCCAUCCGAGAUGAACAGACUAGAACAACCCGUCGUCGAACUACAACAGAAGUACGACCAACUCAGCAACGCGAUAACAGACCGUUGCCAAGAGCUAGAAACCGCCCUCAUUCAAUCCCAAGGCGUGCAAGACGCCCUAGAUGGCAUCAUUAACUGGCUUAACUCUGCCGAAAGUCAGUUCAAAAACGCCCAGAAACCAGCCUCGCUCGUCAAGGAGCGUUUAGACGAGCAAAUCAGAGAACACAGAGUCUUACAGUCCGACAUAGACAACCACAUCGCCUCCGUCGACUCUGUGUACCUUUCGGCCAGCGAGCUGAUACACUCCACCAGCAACGCCAGAGUCGCCAAGAAGAUCGAGUCCAAGCUUAACGACGUCAAGGUACGAUUCGAGAAGCUUUUCGAUAGAUCGCAGAAACGAGGAGAAUUCUUGGCAGAGGUCGACAGAAACCUGACCCACUUCAACAACCAGAUUAUCGUGUUCGACCAGUGGUACAGGAGCAUAAUGGAGAUGAUCGACUCACCCGACUUCUCCAAGUUGCCCUACAACGAGAUAUCCAAGAGGAUGCAGGACAUCAGCGCAAACGUAGAGGGAAAACACGCGAUGUUCGAGGAAAUCGUGCAUGACGGCAAAGAACUAGUGAAUAAGAGAGACGUUACGGACGUGUCCACCGUCAGGGAUAAGGUAAAACUGAUGGAGAGCCAGUGGAGAGACCUGCUCAACUUGCUGGACGACAAGCAGAAACUUUCGAAGCAGAGGUCCGAGCAACUGAUGGCCUAUGAGAAAACGCGCGAAGAUGUUCUGGGUUGGCUGAGUAAGAUGGAGAACAAAGUUAGUCGUUUGGAUAUAGUAGCCAUCGAUUUGGACAUAUUGAAGAAGCAAAACGAAGAAUUGAAGCCCAUUGCUAAGGAGUACAAGGAAUAUGCCUUCACCAUCGAAAGAGUUAACGACUCAGGACUUAUGUACGAUAAUUUGAUCAGAGGACAACCGGACUCGCCAACAAAACGAAAGAGUCAGUCGUACAGUCCCACUAAGAGACCAUCGUUCACUAGUGGUCGAAGGUCAUCAACAGACGCGAGAUCACCCUCGCCAACUAAGGCCCUAAGUCCACUAUCUACAGGUGGAUCAAGCGGAUUCUCUUCCCGUCGAUCAAGCCAAGAUGGUUUCCACCUAGAAGAACUGUCACCGGUACAACAACAACUCGUCGAGAUCAACAACAGAUACUCCCUCUUAGGCGUGAAAAUAAACGACAGGCAAUCUGAAAUAGAUUCCCUUUCCGAAGAGGUCAAGAAACACCUAGACAACCUGAAGACUUUGAGCUCGUUCCUUGACAGGGUGCAGAAGAAACUGCCGAAAGACACAAUACCCAACACAAGAGACGAAGCCGACAAACUUAACAGACAGAUCAAACAAGUCCUGGAAGAGAUGUACGAAAAACAGUCGCUACUUGAUUCAACCAAGAGUCAGAUCAAGGAUCUGCUACGUAGAAAACCGGGCGCUACCGGAAGUGACACACUGAACGACGAACUGGAAGACGUGGUGUCCCAUUGGAAGAGCUUAAGCGAUCACCUGAAGAACAAGAUCAAGUUCAUGGAGGACAUGAAGGAGUUCCACGACACUCACGAUUCCCUGUCGGCAUGGCUCGGUGCCAAAGAAAGGAUGCUGACUGUUUUAGGUCCAAUCUCCAGCGAUUCCCGUAUGGUGCAGUCUCAAGUUCAGCAAGUCCAAGUACUCAGGGAAGAAUUCAGAUCGCAGCAACCACAACUGCAACACUUGAUAGACGUCGGUGAUUCUGUCUUAGCUUUCUUGGAUAUACGUUCGCCGGACGGUCAGAGAAUUAACAAUAAACUCGCCACAAUACAGCAGAAAUGGGCUGACCUGUUAGGUAGAUUAGAAGAGAGGGCCGAUUCUCUGGGAGCUGCAGCAGACACCAGCCGAGAAUUCGACGCCCAGAUGAUCAGGCUUAGAGAUGCCCUACAAGGAAUCUCAGACAACUUAGAUGAACUUCCACUCGAUAAAGACCCUGAAGAACAACUCAGAAAGAUCGAGAAUCUGGAAAGACAACUGGAGGGACAAAGACCUCUACUGGCUGAUCUGGAAGCAGCCGGUGCACAUCUUUGUGAUGUGUUGAGUGACCCGGCUUCUAGAGCCGAUAUUCAAGGAAAACUUGCCUCGAUCAGCAGACAGUUCAACGCUCUGCAGAAGAAACUUGACCAUAAGAAGGCUGAGCUCGAGGGUUCCCUUCGCGACGGAAGACAGUUUGAAGCUUCGUGUGCCAAAACGCUAGGAUGGCUAUCCGAUGAACUGGGUUCUUUAACGGAGAGAUUAUUAAUUUCAGCCGAUCGCGGAGUGUUGGAUCAACAGUUGGCACACCACGAACCAAUCUAUAGAGACGUUCUAGCCAGAGAACACGAAGUCAUCAUGCUUUUGAACAAAGGCCGCGAUAUUUUAUCGCGCAGCAACAAAACAGACACAAGGCCUUUACAGAGAGAACUUGAUAAGAUCCAACAGCACUGGGAUAAACUAAGAAAAGAAGCCGUAGACAGGCAAACUAGAUUACAAACGUGCAAGGAACAUUGUCGCAAGUAUUACCGCACCCUUGAAAGUUUCCUCCCUUGGCUCCGACAAGCUGAGGACAAAUUGGAUAGUUUAAGACCGUCCUCCUUCCACAGGAAACACAUAGAGAAACAACUCAAGGAAUUGCAAGUUUUCCGCAAUGAAGUCUGGAAGAAAUCCGGAGAAUACGAGAAUACCAAGGUCCUAGGAGACACCUUCUUGUCUGCCUGCGACAUCGACAAAGAUAUCGUCAAAAAUGAGAUCAACGACUUGAAAGAACGUUGGGAUAAAUUGAACAACGAGUUGAUUCAACGUACCCAAGCUUUGGAAGAUCAGUCCAGGAAAUUGAUUGAUUUCAACGAGAACAUGAGAGACUUCCAACAUGGAUUGGAAAGAUGUGAAGAUAAAUUGGCGUCUCACGAUGCAUUAGGAGGUGCCGCCAAAGAUCCCAAGCUAUUGGAUAGGAUCAAGGCCUUGAGAGAAGAAUCUAGUAAAUUGAAGAAACCUCUGCAAGCUGUGCGACAGCAAGCCAUCGACUUGGCUCAUGAAGCAUCCGAGAACGGAAUCGACGGAACGCACUUACAAGAAGAAGUCGACGUUCUGAGCGAAAGACUCAGCGAUCUUCAGGCUAAACUGGACGAUCGUUGUCUGGAAUUACAAUCAGCCGCCACUGCCGUAACACAGUUCAACGACCAAGUGAAAGGCCUUUCCCACGACCUGGCCUCGUUAGAAAACGAGCUGGACGGUAUGAAAGCGCCAGGCAGAGACGUUAAAACCGUCAACGGACAAUUGAACGAAGUAUCCGCUUUCGCCAAGAAGAUCAACCGUGCCUCUGACGAAGUCAACGACGCUAUCCACGCUGGUGACGUACUGGUCGACAAUGGCUUCGCUCCCGACACCGCCCAGACUAGGGAACAGGUGGAGGGCUUGAAGAAACAGCUUGGCAAGCUCGACGACCGUACCAAGGGUAGAGAACAGGACCUUAACAACACCCUGAAGAAACUGGAGGACUUUUACGCGGCCAAUGCUAACAUCCUGAACAACAUCGCCGACGCCUCCGAUCAGUUGCGCAAGUUCAAACCUGUCGGUUCCGAGGUUGACAGCAUCCGCGCUCAGCAACAGGACUUCAAGAACUUCCUCGGCAGGGUCGUGGAACCGCUUAGUAAGAACGUCGACACGUGGAACAAGUUUGGCCACGGUCUUAUACAAUCUGCGUCUCCAGGCGUUAGUACUGUAGUACUAGAGAAGGAUCUCGAGAAGAUGAACGAACAGUGGAAUUCCCUCAAGGAUAAGAUAAACGACAGAGAAAGAAAACUAGACGUCGCCCUACUCCAAUCAGGCAAAUUCCAAGAGGCUCUAGACGGUCUAGAUAAAUGGCUAACAGACACCGAAGACCUGGUGGCAAAUCAAAAACCGCCAUCUGCAGACUACAAGGUGGUCAAGGCGCAACUUCAAGAACAGAAGUUCCUGAAGAAGAUGUUGUUGGAUCGUCAACCGUCCAUGUCCUCGUUAUUCAGCAUGGGCAACGAUAUCGCCAAGGAGGCCGAUCCAGCCGAAAGGAAGGCCAUAGAGAAACAACUAAAGAAUCUGAUGGGACGUUUCGACACACUUACCCAAGGCGCCCAACAACGAACUUUGGAUCUUGAACAAGCCAUGAAGGUCGCGAAAGAAUUCCAAGACAAACUCGUACCACUACAAGAAUGGUUGGAUCGCAGCGAGAAGAAGAUCAAAGACAUGGAAAUUAUCCCAACUGACGAGGAAAAGAUACAACAGAGGAUAAGGGAGCAUGACAUCCUCCACGACGAUAUAUUGAACAAGAAACCUGACUUCAGGGAACUCACCGACAUCGCUUCAAACUUGAUGUCUUUGGUAGGAGAAGACGAAGCUUCAAUCCUUGCCGAUAAGCUCCAAGAGGCAACAGACAGAUACGGAAACCUAGUGGAAGCCAGUGAAAACAUCGGUGAAUUACUUACAGCCUCCCGUCAAGGGCUGCGCCAUCUGGUACUCACCUACCAAGACCUGGCUGCCUGGAUGGACUCCUUAGAACACCGUUUGAGACGUUACAAAGUACUUGCUGUUCACAAAGACAAGCUACUUGAACAGAUGGACGACCUAACCGGCCUCUCCGAAGAACUUGCCGGCAGACAACAAGACGUCGACGGCACCGUUGACGCCGGCGUCGAACUCAUGCGUCACAUAUCGUCUGACGAAGCUCUCCAACUCAAGGACAAACUUGACUCGCUGCAGAGGCGCUACAACGACCUCACAUCUCGAGGCGCUGAACUGCUCAAACACGCUCAAGAGAUGCUUCCUCUAGUGCAACAGUUCCACGACAAUCACAACCGUCUGGUGGAUUGGAUGCAGAACGCCGAAGUCAUCUUACAGUCCGCAGAACCGAAUGAAGAUGAGAUCGCUCGCCUCGAAUUCGAUCUCCAAGAACUCAGACCAGUGCUGGAGCACCUCAACCUGGUUGGUCCCCAACUUUGCCAGGCCAGUCCUGGAGAGGGUGCGGCCACCAUUGAAGGAUUGGUUACCAGAGAUAACAGGAGGUUCGACGCUAUCGCUGAACAAAUACAAAGAAGAGCAGAAAGGAUACAUCUUGGUAAACAGCGGGCCCUCGAGGUUACUAGCGACAUCGAUGAACUUCUCGAAUGGUUCAGAGAGGUUGAGGGUCAGAUAAAGGACGCUGAAAAACCGUCAGCUGAACCAGAUUUAAUAAGGGUACAAUUGAAAGAACACAAAGCUCUGAACGACGAUAUCUCCAGCCAGAAGAGUCGUGUUCGUGACGUUCUGUCCACCGCCAAGAAGGUUCUAAGAGAAACACCACCUAACGAAGAUAUGUCAUUGAUAAGAGAAAAGAUGGACGACCUCAGAGAAGCCAUGGAUACCGUGUCGGCUUUGAGCACCGACAGAUUAGGAAUCUUGGAACAAGCCCUGCCUUUAGCCGAACAUUUCCACGACACCCACAACAUGCUUGUUAACUGGUUGAACGACAUGGAAGAACAGGUGGCCAUGUUAUCCAUGCCGGCCUUGAGACCCGAUUUGAUAGCUCAACAACAGGAUAGAAAUGAGAUGUUCAUCCAGAGCAUCAACGAGCACAAGCCUCUGGUGGACAAGCUCAACAAGACCGGAGAGGCGCUGGUCAGACUCUGCACCGAGGACGAUGGCGCCAAGGUACAAGAACUCCUUGACAGCGACAACGAUAGAUACGCAGCUCUGAAGGCUGAGCUCAGGCAACGCCAACAAGCCCUCGAAGAUGCCCUCCAGGAGAGCUCACAGUUCAGCGACAAGCUGGAAGGUAUGCUGCGAGCCUUGUCUAACACUGCCGACCAGGUGAACAACUUAGAACCCAUCUCUGCGCAUCCUCCUAAGAUCAGGGAUCAAAUCGAGGAUAACGACAACCUUAUGGGAGACUUAGACAAGAGAAAAGAGGCCUACGCUGCCGUUCAACGUGCUGCUGACGACGUCAUCAACAAAGCGGCCAAUAGGGCUGAUCCAGCUAUCAAAGAGAUCAAGCGUAAACUAGACAAACUCAACAAACUAUGGGACGACGUACAAAAAGCAUCAAACAACCGUGGCAACUCCUUAGAAGAAACUUUGGCGGCUGCGCAACGCUUCUGGAAGGAGCUUCACGCCGUCAUGUCGACCCUCAAAGAGAUCGAGGAUUCGUUGAUAGGUCAAGAGCCGCCAGCGGUCGAACCUAAAGCCAUACAAGAACAACAAGUGGCACUCCAAGAGAUCAGGCAGGAGAUUGACCAGACCAAGCCGGAAGUCGACCUUGUCAGAAACUCAGGUCAGAAGUUGAUGAAGUUGUGUGGUGAACCAGACAAACCUGAGGUCAAGAAACACAUCGAAGAUCUCGACCACGCGUGGGAUAACAUCACGGCUCUGUACGCCAAACGUGAGGAGAACUUGAUCGACGCCAUGGAGAAGGCUAUGGAGUUCCACGAGACUCUGGACAACCUUCUGGAGUUCUUGGAGAAGGCGGAGAACAAGUUCGCUAAGAUGGGUCCCCUUGGGGCUGAUAUCGAGGCUGUUAAGAAGCAGAUCAGCCAGCUCAAGGACUUCAAAUCUGAAGUCGAUCCUCAUAUGGUUAAAGUCGAGGCUCUUAACAGGAGUCUUAUAAGGCAAGCUCAAGAACUGACCGAAAGAACUUCAGCAGAUCAAGCGGCAGCAAUUAAAGUACCUCUAACAGCAGUCAACAAGCGCUGGGAUGAUCUACUCAGAGGUAUUGUCGAAAGACAAAGGCAGUUGGAGAACGCCCUACUUAGAUUGGGACAGUUCCAACACGCACUUAACGAACUGCUCAUAUGGAUCAAGAAGACAGACAACACCCUGGACGAGUUGAAACCAGUUGCUGGAGAUGCCCAAAUUUUGGAGAUCGAACUUGCCAAGUUGAAGGUAUUGAUAAACGACAUACAGGCCCAUCAGACCAGUAUCGACACCUUAAACGACGCUGGACGUCAAAUUAUAGAGAGUGGGGAAGAUGAAGCCUCUGCCACUCAAGACAAACUGAACACCCUCAACACUGAAUGGAAAGCCCUGAUGCGUAAAGCAGCAGACAGGCAAAGAGAACUUGAAGACGCUCUGACCGACGCUCAGAGGUUCAACGCAGAAAUACAAGACCUUUUGGCAUGGCUCGGUGACGUUGAUAGUAUAAUCGCCGCCAGCAAACCAGUUGGAGGCUUACCUGAAACUGCCACCGAACAACUGGAGCGUUUCAUGGAAAUCUACAACGAAAUAGAAGAAAACAGACCAAAGGUCGAAACAGUUUUGGCUCAGGGUCAAGAAUACCUGAAGAGAGGCACCAAUACGGCGUCCAACCUCCAACACAACUUGAGGACGUUGAAACAACGUUGGGAUUCGGUAACAGCCAGGGCGAACGACAAAAAGAUCAAACUAGAAAUAGCCUUGAAGGAAGCCACCGAGUUCCACGAAGCAUUACAGAACUUCGUGAACUGGCUGACGAACGCGGAGAAGAUUCUUACCAACUUGAAACCCGUCUCUCGAGUUCUGGAAACUAUCCAACAGCAAAUCGAGGAACACAAGGUGUUCCAGAAAGACGUCGCUGCUCACCGUGAGAUAAUGCUACAGCUUGACAAGAAGGGAACCCAUUUGAAAUACUUCAGCCAGAAACAAGAUGUUAUACUGAUCAAGAAUCUCCUGAUCAGCGUCCAGCAUCGCUGGGAACGAGUGGCCUCCAAAUCUGGAGAAAGAACACGAGCUUUGGAUCUCGGUUAUAAAGAGGCCAGGGAGUUCCACGACUCCUGGAAGAGCCUGAUGAACUGGCUCGAAGACACCGAGCAAAACCUGGACAAACUUCUCAGCACUCCUGUGGGCAACGAGCCUGAACAGAUCAAGUUGAAGAUCGCCAAACACCAUGAGUUCCAAAGGCUGUUGUCUGGUAAACAAGCCACAUACGAUAACGUCAUGAAGAGUGGAAAAUCCUUGAAAGAUAAAGCACCUAAGAACGACGAACCUAUACUCAAAAACAUGUUGAUCGAGCUCAAGACCAAGUGGACGAGUGUAUGUAACAAGAGUGUGGACAGACAAAGAAAACUGGAAGAGGCCCUGCUUUACUCAGGUCAAUUCAAGGAUGCACUUGCAGCCUUGCUACAGUGGCUGAAGAAAGUGGAGAGGGAACUGUCGGAAGACAUCCCAGUCCAUGGAGACCUGGAUACGGUGAACCAUCUGGUCGAACAACACAGACUGUUCGAGAAAGAGCUAGAGAGGAGAAACGAACAGAUGGACUCUGUAAUGAAAACCGGUCAAGAGCUGGAGAAGAAGGCAAAUAAAGACGAUGCCAAUCAACUCAGAGACCAACUGUUAGAACUCAACAAACUGUGGGAUAACGUGUCUCAGCUGACUCAUAGAAAAUCUGAUAAGCUCAGGGAAGCCUUGAGAGAAGCCGAGAAACUACACAUGGCUGUUAACAUGCUCCUCGACUGGCUUUCCGAAGCUGAGAGGAAGCUGAGAUUCAUGGGUAACAUUCCAGAAGACGAGGCUGCUGCUCUAGAACAACUGCAGACCCUCGAAGACUUCAGAGCUCAACUGGCCGAGAAAGAAGUGGAUAAAGAUCACACUCUAGAAUUGGCUCACAACGUAUUGGCCAAGUCCCAUCCUGACAGCAUCAAUGUGAUCAAGAACUGGAUCAAAGUGAUACAGACGAGAUGGGAGGAGGUGUCGCAAUGGGCCCAGCAGAGAUACCAAAGGUUAGCUGGUCACAUGCAGACUCUAAAGAGUCUCGACGACAGUUUGGAAGAGCUCAUCCAGUGGCUGUUGGGACUUGAGAACACUCUGAUCGCUCUUAAGCGCGAAGAGCUUCCUCAAGAUAUUCCGGCCACGGAAAAACUCAUCGCCGACCACAAAGAAUUCAUGGAGAACACACAGAGAAGACAGAUCGAGGUCGAUAGGAUUUGCAAAGCUAAGCAGGUAAAAGCUACGCAGGCUACGAAGGACGUCAAGAAGUUUGCCAAAGGAAAAGGAGCACUGCGUGGAUCACAGCAUGAUAUUCGCGAACCUGAUAAUUACGGCACUCUUGGGCACAAACAAAGCUUCAAGGGAUCCAAAGACUUCCUAGCACACAGAGGAAGCCGGUCCAGUCCUGGUCGUGAACUAAGUCCAGAUCCACAGUAUCCACACUAUGGACCUAGAUUCUUACCUGGAAGCGAGCCCGAGUUCAAAUCUGCCAGAGUCAAGUUCUUGUACGACAAAUGGAGGCACGUAUGGAUGCUAUCUUGGGAAAGGCAAAGAGAACUAUACGAACAUCUUGCCUAUCUUAAGGAGAAAGAGAAGGCUGACAACUUCUCGUGGGACGACUGGAGAAAGAGGUUCUUGAAGUUCAUGAACUAUAAGAAGUCCAGGUUGACCGAUUUGUUCAGGAAGAUGGACAAGGAUAACAACGAACUCAUCCCCAGGGAUGAGUUCAUCGAAGGCAUCAUCAAAACCAAGUUCGACACGUCCAGACUAGAAAUGAAGCACGUCGCAGACAUGUUCGAUCUUGACAACAGAGGUUUCAUCGAUUGGAAAAAAUUCAUAGCUGCCCUCCGACCAGAUUGGGAAGAAAAAGCUCCCAACGAUUCUCAGAAGAUCCACGAUGAGGUCAAACGGUUGGUCAUGCUGUGUACCUGUCGACAAAAGUUCAGGGUGUUCCAAGUCGGUGAAGGAAAAUACAGGUUCGGUGAUAGUCAAAAAUUGAGACUUGUCAGAAUCUUAAGAAGCACAGUCAUGGUUAGAGUAGGAGGAGGUUGGGUAGCAUUAGAUGAAUUUUUAGUGAAAAAUGAUCCAUGCAGAGCGCACGAACACAUGGCGGAGCUGAUGCCUAUAUUUGAGCAGCUUCGCGCUAAAGGAGAGAUAGGCAAUGCAUAUCCUUUGCAUGUGGGUUCCACAGCUGGCCCCACGCUACACUGGACACAGGCCAAUAAUCCAAACUCUUUUCAUUGGGUCAGAGAGAGAUCGGCCAGAUCGGUGCCAAUGGGAAGCCUUCCGAGGACGUCGAAGUCCUCCCUGUCCGCCGGUACGCCCGAUUCCCUCUCCGACAACGAGAGCGCCACAUUCCGAACCCCCAGGAAGCCUUCCUACAGGUCCACCUUGACUCCUGGAGGGUCCAGGUCCAACUCCAGGCCUGCGUCUAGGGCGGGAAGUAGACCGAGCAGCAAGCCUCCGUCCAGGCACGGUUCUACUCUUUCUUUAGACAGUACAGACGAUGGAACCCCUUCCAGAAUUCCAAGGAGGACACCUAUAAGCGGAAGGACGGUUACCACGCCAUCUUCAACCCUGAGGAGGAACAUCAACGGGACGACUUCCGGUUCAAGAACUCCCAGUGGCUUAGUAUCUCCGGCAAGCCCAGUGACAAAGUCGGGAAUACCAAGGGCAUCGAGUAUACCAAUGUUAACAGCUAUAACGCCAAUAUCAAGCAAAUCUCGUAUACCUGUAUAUCGAGGAAAUGGUGACACAGAUCCUGACUCACCUUCUACUUCAGAUUCGUGUUCAGUGUCUUUCUCUUCUGGAACAAAAUCUUCGGCGAGUAAAUCUAGUAAAUCGAAAAUUCCUGUUGCUGACAGGAGUGCUAGCAAGACCAGACCUGUGACAGUGGGUAUUGCACCCAGCCUGAGGACUUCAGCUAGGACAAGAACACCAUCGGGUUCUAACACACCAGUACCACCAGGUACCAACACAGCGGUAUCCAGGUUGCUUAGGAAACCCUCAGGAGCUUCGGAUACCCCCACCGGUCAAAGCAAGAAGACAACGGCUAACAGAGAACCCUUCAGAUUGUAAACGUAAUUUUCAAUUCCAAAAUUCACCUUUUGACUGACUUACGAUAUAGCCCUGUUUUCGAUAAAAUUGUUCAUAUUUUUGUACAAAAUAUAAUUUUAAUAUCUCGAAGCCCGAGAAGAUCGGAUCGCCAGCUGGUCUUCUGGGGAAAUCGGGAAGUUUGAAGAUACUAUGUAGUUAGUCUAUUGCAAUUUUUUGAUAUUUACUACAUUAGGUGUGAAAAUGCUAAGAGAAAUUAUUUUACGUUAUUAAGUUGCCAUAUUGAAGUAAUUUUCAUUUGUGAUCGACCGUUUUGUUUUUUUUUUUGUUUUUUGAAUCGAAUGUAUAGUUUUCAAUUCUCUUAAUUUGGCUUACAGAGGGACCAUUUAUUAGUAAUUUACUAAUUUUUCCUAACAUAGCUUGUAAAUUUGAUUGAAUAAUCUUUAUUUCUAUAUUUGCUAGUUUUUUGGCAGAAUCGUGUGAUUACCAAGUUGUGAACAAACCUUUACUUUUUGUAUUCGCCAGUAUGAAAGGUUGGUGGAGUCAAUUUAUUAUUUAUAUUGUGUAAUGCUUUUGUAUUAUUAUUUAACUAUUGAAAGUUGUUAUUUAAUAAACUAAAUUUUAUUAA